UAGCAAAAUUUGUCCAGCACAAGUAAACAACUGAAGGAGCUGGUGGGUGACCUCCUUGGCAUAUGCCGAAUGUUUUCCAAGAGGAACUUCAUGCCAGAAUUGCACCCAGCCACUGGGACCAGCACCUCUGAAGCCUGGAGCAUCCAUGAGAACAGCAUCAACUACCGCCUGCUCGUGAUCCUGCGGCCACCCCGCGGGCACUCGUUCAGCCUGGGCCCCACAGAGCAGCUGCCAGCAAGUUGCUCCUGCAUUCGUGUGGUGCUGGAGUGCAUGUGCUCGAGGGACCAGCUGCUGGGGAAGAUGUGGUGCUUUCUCCACCGGUCUGGUGACCAUCUGCUGAGUGAUCAGGACUCGUACCUCCUGGACACCCUGUGCACAGGUGACUACCUGGAUGUGAAGAAAGUUGUCUGCUGGGUCCAAAUGUUGGUGACAUCAGCCUGGCUGCUUUUGCCUCAGUCACGGCACUGUCAGCUCACCGUGCUGCCCUCCUGCAGGUCCUGCAGGUUCCAGCUGACAGGCACCCCAGGGAGGCAGAUCACCAUGGAGAUGGUGUUUGCAGUGCAGCAGGGCAGCUCAGGUGCCUACGUGAGCCUUGAGUAG